AUCAGCAGCCUGGUGUAUCUGUACAUGCACCGGAUGUGGAUAAACUCACGUCGCGAUCGGAUUAGGUGGUUAUGUAACGACGGUGUGACCUUUGCAUUUACAGGGAAGAGUCUCGCGCCCGGCCCAUCAAGAAAGAGGAGCCGGAAGUGGUGAAGACGGAGGCGCAGCUGCUGAUCGAGGCCAAGCAGAAGAAGGCCGAGGAGGAGGAUGCCGAGCGGAUCCGCGAGAUUGAGGAGCAGCGGCGCAUUCAGCGCGAGAAGGAGGACGAGGAUCUGCGCAAGCUCAAGGAGAAACAGGCAGCGCGCAAGAAGGAGCGCGAGCUGGAAGAGCAGAAACUAGAGGAGCAGAAGCGCAAGAUGGAGGAGCAACGCCGACAGGAAGAGGAAGCCCGCAAGCUGCAGAAGGAGGAGGAGAAGCGGCGCAAGCAGGAGGCCGAGGAGCGCAAGAAGGCGGCGCAGGAGGCCGCGCUCGUGGGUGGCCGCAACUUCGUCAUCGAGAAGGCGCAGAGCGGCGAGAGCACCAUGGACAAGUUCAUGAACAUCUCCAAAGCCAAGACGGAGAUGUCGCUGAACACCAGCGAACUGGCCUCACUGAAGGAGCGCACCAUCAGCGACCGCGUCAAGCCGCUCUCCGUCGGCGACAUGGACUACGCGGCGCUCAAGGCCAAGGCCGAGGAGCUCUGGAAGGCCAUCGUCAACCUCGAGACCCUCAAGUACGACCUCGUCGAGCGCGCCAAACGCCAGGACUACGAUUUGAAGGAGCUGAACGAGCGGCAGCGCCAGAUCAACUCGAAGAAGUACGCCGCCCAGGGCCUGGACCCGUCGGCGUGCGCCUCGCGCUACCCGCCGAAGGUGCAGCUGGUCAGCAAGUACGAGCGGCGCAUCGACCGGCGCACGUUCGCCGAGAAGAAGUCCCUGUACGAGAACGAGCGCCGCGCCGACGGCGGCGCCACCGACCUCCACAAGCCGGCCGCCAAGAAGCGCGACGGCUGGGUCAAGGACAAGAAGGCCGCCAGCGGCGACGUCGACGAGGAGGAGGGCGAGGGCGAGGCCGUCGAGGCGCAGGAAGAGGAGGAGGAGUCACCCUGGUAGCUACGCCCCGCUCCCGCGUCAUCCAUUAACCGGGCAACUUUUUUUCUGUGGAUUGCCGUCAUCUUGUUGUAUCAUGAAAGCCGACAGUGUGCCAUGACGCCUUUAUCGCAGUGUCUUUUAACAAAGGUCACAUAACUGUUAUCUAAUUACAAUUUAUUCAGACUGAAGACCUGCAAUAUGUACGAUGGAUGCAAACAACAAUAAAACAAAGCGACGA